ACAGAACCUAGCCUACUUUAGGUUUUGUGUAUAAAAAAAAGAAGGAAAAAGACGUGUGCAGUGCAGAGUAAAAUCUUUCCAAUAAUUUAUUGAAUUUAUUAAAAAAUGGAUAUUAAACUGGAGAAAGAAGAUUUAGAUUUGUCCAUUGUAAAAGAAGAAUGUACUGUCCAAGAGGGUAGUUCUUCUGAUGCUAAUAAUCAGGAUGUUCGAGUGCAAGGCUCGAAACAGAUGAAUCCUUGUGCACCGGCAAAUCCUGAAUCAGAAUUUACGCUAAUGUAUGCAUGUCCUUACUGCACCAGAGUCUUCACAGCGAUGUUCUAUUAUGAACGACACCUUUUCCUAGCCCAUCCCCGUUUAAAUCCUUUUGUAUGCAAACUCUGCAACAAGAGCUUCAAAAAUGAAACUGAUCGCCAAAAUCACGUGUGUCUCGUUAGCGUGCGUAAUUUGAGCAAUAAAAUGAAAUCUAAAAUAUACCCUUGCGAUGACUGCCCUAGGGUAUAUCCAACUAAAGCGCUAGUCAAACAACAUGAUCUUCUGAAGCAUUUGGGAAAACACGUUUGUAUUAAUUGCAAAUUCGUGUUUGAUAAUGCCAAGAAGAAAUAUUUAGAAUAUUUAAAGAAAUGCAGUUGUGGUCCAGAAGAAAAAUCACGAAAAAAUAUAAAAUGCCAUACUUGCGAUAGAACCUUCUGUAGAAUGCAAUCUCUCAAAAAUCACAUAAAGAUUCAUGAAGAACGGAAAUCAAGUGGAUCAACGGUGGAGAAAAAGUCCAAGUUAGCCUAUAAAUGCGACAGGUGUCCUAAGGUUUUCCCCGGAACUCAAGCUUUAAUCGACCAUAUACGCGCAGAACAUAGAGGGUCCCUUCAAUGUCCAAAGUGUACAUUCCGGUUUUACAAGCAGGAUGAACUUAAUAUGCAUUUGGAUUACCAUAAAAAUCUACCAUUUAUAUGCAAGGCCUGCAAUAGACUUUUCAAAUUUAAUGAUAGCUUGAAGAAUCACAUUAAAACAUACCACAAACAACUUUAUAAGAGCGAUGAUAGCUCCGAAAGCGAUUGAUUUACAAAGAUGGAGUAUGCCUCAGAAUAAGGAAAUCUUUUAUUGAUAUAAUUCUCCUAGAAUUGUGAAAGUGUUAUAGCACAACUCUUCUAAACUGGGAAAAGCAUUAUCCAAAUGUAAAUAAAUAUUUAAUCCUAUUAUAAAAA